AGAAAAGCGCCGCAUUGAGCUUUCGGGAGCUUUUCACGCGCGGGAACUUACAGAUGACGAUAUUGUUUUAAUUAUAUCAUAGCGACCGGUUAUUGUAGUUUUAUGUUCGAAUAAUUAUUUUAUUACUAAAGUAAUUAAUUGUAUAAAAUAUACAAAUAAGUAAUGAAACAAUCAAUUUAGUAUUUAAGUUUAAAAAGAGACGAUGUAAAAUGUCCGAAAGAACACUGGUGGUUAUAAAAAAUAAAUAUAUUUAAAUUUCGAAUUCUAAAUUUGAAAAUAAAUAUAUUAUCCAACGAUGUCGCUCGGGAAACAGACAAAUGAGCAUAUCAAGAGGCCAAUGAACGCGUUCAUGGUAUGGUCUCGAGGUCAGAGGCGGAAAAUGGCGCAGGACAACCCCAAAAUGCACAAUUCGGAGAUAUCGAAAAGGCUGGGAGCUGAAUGGAAGUUGCUGACUGAGAUGGAGAAAAGACCGUUCAUCGAUGAAGCAAAAAGGCUAAGAGCACUCCACAUGAAAGAACAUCCAGACUACAAAUAUCGGCCGAGAAGGAAGCCGAAAGCACUCGUGAAGAAGGAACCGAAAUUUGGUUUCGGUAUCAGCGGGUUAAUGGCACCGGUGCCUCGACUAGUGACGCCGUCGGUACCACAUCCCGUACCGCAGUUGCCGAUGCCCCAUCACUUGCUGCCAGACAAGCCAGAUCUGAGCAGAGCCCUGUUUCCCCCUUUGCCGUACCCGUUCUACCCGUUUGCGAAGAUACCGUCAUCAGAUGAAGGGAAAUUUGCCGCGGAAUUGGCACAUUUACAGGCUAUCUACGGUGGUGCACUGUACAGUAGCGCGCUGUACAACAGCGCCCUCUCCCCCUGCGGCUGCCCUCCUCGGAGGACACCGUCCCCCCCACCUGCUGACGUCAAGCGUCCCGUCGCUUACGUCCUGAUGAAAAGUGACGAGGAACCCCCGCAGCACGUCAUAUGAAGGCCGGUGGCGCUCCCCGCGAGGCCCUGGUCUCAUUGGGAGCGGCCGUCGACCUCCGUUCAAGAUCGGGAGACCAGCUCUCCUGAUAGUGUGUGAAUUACUGUGAGUAGAAUGUGUAGAUAUAUCAAUAAAUAGCAUCUACAAAAGACGCAGUCGUAUUCAAAGAUGGUGAUGAAAAACUUAUUUGAAAUAACAUCUAAUCAGACAUUACAAAUGAUCUUGGUGAAGUGAUGUAAUUGAAGACAAAACGUGGACGUUUCUAAUCACCUGAUGAGUGAUGUUAAAGGUACAGAGAAAUGUGGUAUU